UCCCAAGACAAGAGAUAAACGAAGAUAAAGAAAAAUUACUUAGUGGCGAAGAACUUCCAUUCUUUUACGAUAGAAAGUUGAAAAUUGUACCUUAUAAAAGGAGCUCUGAAAACAAAGAUUUAGAUGCAGAUAGAAAGCUUAUUUUCAUCAUUACCAUUCUUAUCUUUGAUAUUGUUUUCGUUAGUUGUGACGAUCAUGGCAACCGGUGAUUCAGAAGUUCAUAUUGUUUACUGUGAAAAGCCUGAAGGGGAAGAACCUGAAGCUUAUCAUCUUAGAACCCUAACUACUGUUCUUGGAAGCGAGGAGGCAGCAAAAGAUGCAAUCUUAUACAGUUACAAGACUGCUGCUAGUGGGUUUUCUGCAAAACUUACUCCUGAACAGGUCACACAGAUCACAGAGCAACCAGGAGUUCUUCAGGUGGUGAAGAGCCAGACAUACCAAUUGCAGGGAGGAGCAACUGGAGGAGUCAGCGGCAUACAUUGAAAAUUGUGUAAAAAUUAUGUUAAAUGAAAUAUCAACAAUCUUCCAUCUGAACAUAGCGAACUUUAUGUGUGUGCCACUGAGCUUGUAACAUGCAUCUCUAAUAAGGGAGUUGAAACAACAGUACUGUUGGUUGGUUGUUGAAUGUGCAGUAGUGUUUGUGUGCUUACCCGUUCUCGUAUAGUAUAUAUAUUUGUUGAAUGUGUAGUAA